UUGAUCCUCUGAGCUUCUCUUCUGUGAAGGUUUCUGAACUUUCUCCUUCCUUGAUUGCUCCCAAGGUUCUCAAUAACUUCCUAGGGUGGUUGCUGUUUGGUUUCCUAGAAAAUUUUGGCUUUUUCCAGUGAUUUUCUUUUUGGUUUUUUCCUUGUUUUUCUUCCUUCCUUUGUAGCUUAAAAGAUGAAACCUUUCUAUGGGAUUGUGGGGCUGCUAUUAUUGACCUCUUUGAAAUUUGUUUUCUUUGCCCAAAGGCUGAAACUUGUUUCUUUCCUAGAAAAUUUAGGCAAUUUUCUGUCUGGAUUUCCCUCCUUUUUCUCUUUCCUUCGUGCUUUUAAGGCCUUCAUCUGGGUUGCCAUUAUUAAUCUAUCAAAAUUUGUAAUUUUUCUUUGCGAAGGUCGAAACUUUAGUAGUAGAUGUACACUGUGUAGCUACUCAAUAUAUUUCUGGGGCUGGGGGUUUUUGCUCAAUUUUGGUGAGAAUUUGUGUCAUUUUUUCUAAAAAAAAAUAUUGGUUCUCCUGCAAAGUUACUGGUUGACGUGGCUCUGAUCAUGAAGUAGAAAAUGGUGAGGAAAACAAAUUGUGAUAAAAAGGAUCGAGAAUGGAGCAAGCAGACUAGUGGCCUUCUCCAAGCGUCGAAACGGGCUGCUUAAGGCCUCUGAACUAUCUGUUCUGUGUGAUGUCGAAGUUGCAGUAUCGUCUCACCAAAAGGAAGACUUUACGAGUUCUCAAGCUCCAACAUCCAGAAGACCAUCGAACGAUACCAUGUAUGCAAAAGAAAUUCCAACUCACAAGCCGGAAAUGAAACAACACAUGCUGGGAGCUGUUGCGUCAAGGAUUGGGCUCAUGUUCUAUUGAGGAACUUCAAGAGAUUGAUAGCCAGCUAGAACAAGGCUUGAAAAAAAUCUGGCAAGAAAGGUUUGCAAUCUUUAGAUUUGUAUUUAGGCUAAAAGUAACUACAGUAAUGAAUUAAUACAUGAUUACAAGACUU